AUGAAUUCAAUUUUUAUACUCACAUUAUUAUGUUUAAUAUAAGCCUAAUAAAUUUCACAUGGAAUGCAUUAUCUCUCUGAGAAAUUUUAUGGGAAGCUUGAUACAAAUGUAUUUUAUUAUUAUUAACUCAAAAAUGAAAAUCCUAAUUAUUGCAUGUCCGAUCAUUAUUAAUGUUUAUUUUUGAACUAAUUAUAUUUGAAUAACUAUAUUGAUCAUACAUAUGAUAAUCUAAAGCCUAAAUUGAUGAAAAAGGUAUUCACUUAUUAUUAUUUAAAGGUUUAUGAUUUUGUUGAAUUUUUAGAGACCCAUAAAAAAGCUUAUUUCAAAGAUUCUUCAAGGAGAGAACUUGAAAAAAGCUUUGAAAAACAUUAUUAAAUUUGA